AUGCUCUGCUCUGGUUGUGGGAAUUUGUUUUCUGAGGCAUUUUACUAUAAAUGUAAGGAUUUUGAGAUCUAUCUUGAUUUGAGUUGUGCGGUCUUGAUGAGCAUCGAAACGGGUUGGGAUGCCGAAGAGAAGCUACAUUAUAGCCAUGCCCACUUGCUUAAAAGGUGUAGACCCGGAAAAAAUUCUAGAGACCGCUCUUGCCUUCUCUGUGAGCUUCCUCUUUCUCCAUCUGCUAUAGGCUACGGUUGCGUUCUAUGUAAGUCGCUCGUUCACGAGAGUUGCCUUGAUCUUCCGAGAGAGAUUCAGCAUCCAGCGCAUCCGGCUCACCCUCUCAUACGCCUUGAUUUCACAAAUACUUGUGGUCCUCCAAGAGAAUGUGAUGCAUGCGGACUAGCUAUCGAAGGUGUCCCGUUAGGCUGCCCGGAAUGUGAUUUUGAUCUACACAUGAGGUGUGCAGAUUCCUUGUUGCGAAGUGUGACCCACUACUCUCCUGAACACAACACAUACUGUUUUAUAGAGCUAGUGGUGCUAGUAAAGAUGGUUGUUUCAUAUGCAAAGGAGAUGCUGUCAUCUCUCUUGAUUCCAUCUAUCGCUGUGUGGCAUGUCAUGCAGAGUGUCAUUUCGAGUGUGUUGAUGUACACGAGUCCAUUGUUAAGAAAUCUUGUCACGUUCAUCCUCUCUUCUGAAACGCCUUCCCCAUUAUACUUGAAAGAUCUCUAUUCUUGUGGUGGAAACGUCGCAAGGACAGCUCAUCAAGAAGAAUGUGAAACCGAAGGAACAUAUGAUGACAUAUUCGUGGUUAAUGAUAUGGUGCAUAAUCACGUGAUGGAUUAUAGGAGGUCACAUUCGGGGAGCAUUCAUCAUACCUUGGUUCAAGUUCUGGUCUCAAGGUCUUAUCCGGUGGCUUGCACUCUUUGUGACGACAGGCUUUAUGGAAACAUAGUCUCAUGCAUGGAUUGUGAGCAGAUUUAUCAUUCUCGGUGUAUUGAGCUUGCCAUGCUACAAGUAACGAGUCAUCCACUUCAUUAUGAUCACAUAUUGACGAUGAAACUGUUAACUAGCAGAGCCACAUGCGUCGCCUGCAAAAUGAGUAUUAUAGAGUAUGGUUACAUUUGUGGUAUUUGCUAUACAUGUUUCCAUCUUAGAUGCCUCCACGCCAUGGGUAUAUCAAGGAAGAUCGAGAAUCACAAGCAUUAUCUCUAUAAUUAUUGGAGCGAGUCCUUGGCUCAGCCCUGCACUGUUUGCAGUAGACCAUGUGGUUCAUCGUUUUAG